AUGCCUCUGCCCGCUGACAGAGCGACCUCCACCGCGACCAGCUCCACACGCUCGAAGCGGCGACAAAGGCGGAGUGAGACAAAGCCAGCUCACGACAUUCGCUGCUUCGGGUGUGGUCGGGUGCCAUGCUGCGGAUUACUGGUUGUAGCAGUCAUUGCUAUCUUGGCGUUGAGCGCCUAUGUUAUUUCAGACAGGGCAGGCGAUGCCCUCACGAUUUUGGACGUGUACCUGAAGUCGGACGUUUUAAAUGUCGACGUGGGCUCGUCCACACUCGAAAACGGAGGUGCUCUCCAGGAAUUUGUGCAGACCGAAGCUUCCACGACCCGAAGUCUAAGGGCUUCAGCUUCUUCAACGAAUCCUGUGGCUGCCACAGAAGCCCCCGUGACAUCGACGGGAAGCCCCGUCGUGGACGGUCCCGCCAUGCAGGUGACAGAUGGAUCGGGAAGACUGGGAAACAAUUUAGCAUUCAUUCUUCGUGGACUGUUGUUUGCCAAGCUCACAAACCAUGCAGUCGUGAAUUUGAAGUUGGACACCAAGUCGUUGAGGGAGAUAUUCGACGGCAAGGCGGUUUUGCCUCUGGGCAGCUCCAAAGUGGAGGGAUCCCGUUUCUGCCCUGAGAAGUCGGACAAGCGCCAGUUGGGAAGACCUGUCUACAACUUCCAGGGUGAAAGAUGCAAAGGAGCCAAAGCACAGGACUACCGGACCAUGGCGCUCGAGCAUUUGCAGCAAGCUUUUCUCCCUGAGUUCCGGCAUUGUCUCGAGCGCUUCAGCCCUGAAGAGUCAGCCAAGGAGUUAACCAUUCACCUGCGUGGCCAGGACCUUUGGGGCCUCGCCGAGCACGAGCUCACGUCUGACAAGCCCAUACCAAUGGAGGCUAAUGCGCAUCAUUGGCUUUGGCACCAGCCGCCCUGCACGAUGUACCGAAAAAUCAUCGUAGAAGAGGGUUUCACCAAAGUGCUCGUGGUUACAAGCCCGGACCUGAGACAUGUCUGCAUCGAAUGGCUGAAGUCCAACGCCGUCAACCUGGGCAUCGAGGUGAUUGUACAGGCUCAAAGCUUGCGAGAGGAUUUCUGCGCUUUGGCGCGAGCUUCUAACCUAGUCCUUUCUUUCUCUACCUUGGGAGACAACGCAGCAGUGCUGAACCAGAGACUGAAGAAGCUAUUCUUCCGGGAGUUUGCACAGACGCACUCCUUGUUGGAUUGCGAUCUUUGGCCGGGCACAACGCUCUACCAGUACAACAUGCCGAUCAACGAAGGAAGCCAUCAGCCGUAUGGCAACACCUACCGAGACGUGAUUCAGUGGUUCACUGGCUACGACGAGAAGCAGAUUAGCAAGCACAUGGGGUGCAACGGCUGA